UUCUGCUCCGCUUGCUCCCCCCAGUGGAGCUGCUCGGCGAAGCCUGGCCAAGUGGCUCCUUCCGCGCUGUGGGCUCUGCCCCGCGCGGUGCCCGGCGCGUGGCUCGGUCCCCCGCGACACCCGUGGCAAGAGCCGGGGCGGGUUUUCUGCCCUGGGUCGCAAGGAUUUCACCGCCUCUCUCCAGAUGCCGCUCCUCCAGCGGAGCGCGCCGGUGUAGUUUUGCUCACUACACCGGCUCAUUCCCAGCAAAGGCAGCAGCAGCCCUGGCUGGGAAUAGAGCCCAGGAGCCCGGACACCCCCGCCGCUCUAACCACUAGUCCCCGCUCCGCUCCAUACAGUUUGGCCCCAAGCUGCCACGUCUGCCGGCAGGAGCCGAGGGGAGCCCGUGGCAAAGCGCUCGUGGAUCCCAGCCAGGCGAGGGGGCUCGUUCCUCCCCACUCCCGGGGGGGCCUGUGAAACCCCCGCCGGGAGGAGCCCCCCGCGCUGGCUCCCCUCCCUGUGCGGCCAGCCUCCGCCCCGCAGCCAAUCAGACCUCGCCGCUCCUUCCCCCCAUUAAGUUCAGCGGGAGUCAGGGAGCCGCUCUCCGCCUGGCUGCAGACCCGCGCUGGCAGCCUCGGGGAUGGGAGAGCGCAGCCCAGCGCGCAGCCCGUCUGCCCGGCGCUAGCCCCCCCUUGCAGGACAGAGCAGCAAAGGAGCUGGGCAGGGCUGGCACAUUCGGGUCCCAGCUCCAGUGCCCGCCUGCCCCAGGGCUCCGAGACAUGGCAGACUCAUUGAGGAUGAACACAGAGCCCUCCCUGUCGGACAGCUGGCUGGACAACUGCUCUUGGGCACCAGUGCCCACUUCUGCCCUGCAGCUAGACAUGGGAGCACUGGGGGACCCUGGCAGAAAUGGGCUGUGGAUCUUUAACAGCAGCGGGGAGGACAUGUCCCCCCCUUUCCUGACGGAUGCUUGGCUGGUGCCACUCUUCUAUGCCCUUGUCAUGCUGCUGGGGCUGGUGGGCAACUCGCUCGUCAUCUACGUGGUGUCCAAGCACCGGCAGAUGCGCACGGCCACCAACUUCUACAUCGCAAACCUAGCGACCACGGACAUCAUCUUCCUGGUGUGCUGUGUGCCCUUCACCGCCACGCUCUACCCCCUGCCCAGCUGGGUCUUCGGCGACUUCAUGUGCAAACUCGUCAACUACCUGCAGCAGGUGACGGCACAGGCCACCUGCAUCACCCUGACAGCGAUGAGCAUGGACCGCUGCUACGCCACCCUCUACCCGCUGCAGUCGCUGCGCUACCGCACCCCCCGCAUCGCCAUGGGCGUCAGUGUGGCCAUCUGGGUCGGCUCCUUCCUCCUCUCGCUGCCCAUCGCCAUGUACCACCGCACUGAGGUGGGCUACUGGUACGGGCUGCGCACAUACUGCAUCGAGGCCUUCACCAGCAAGAGCCAAGAGCGCAGCAUCAUCCUCUACACCUUCCUGGUGGUCUACCUGCUGCCCCUGCUCACCAUCUGCCUCUGCUAUUCUCUCAUGCUCAAGCGGGUGGGGCGCCCCGUCGUGGAGCCCAUUGACCACAACUACCAGCAGGUGCCACACCUGUCGGAGCGCUCAGUCGCCAUGAGGGCCAAGGUAUCCAAGAUGGUGGUGGUGAUCGUGGUACUCUUCACCGUGUGCUGGGGCCCCAUCCAGCUCUACCUCCUCUUCCAGGGCUUCUAUGGUGGCUUCCAGGCUAACUAUGAGACCUACAAGAUCAAGACGUGGGCCAACUGCAUGUCCUAUGCCAACUCCUCCAUCAACCCCAUUGUCUACGCCUUCAUGGGUGACAGCUUCAGGAAGUCCUUCAAGAAGGCUUUCCCCUUCCUCUUCCGGCGCCGGGUGCGAGAUGGCGCCGUCCUCUCCGGCUCUCGCAAUGCUGAGAUGAAGUUUGUCACUGAGGAGACCUAGUGCCAGCCCCGCCGGGGGUCUCUGAGGCCUCUCAGUUAUGCCAGCCUUGCUCCUCCUGGCUGUGGACACUGAGGUGGUACAUCCAAUAUGGCUGCCGGGCCACACUGACAUUGCUCAGGGCAAGAGGCACCAUUCAGUGGAAACUGGUGACCGGCUCUUCAGAAUCUGUGGCUUGAAAGGGGCCAGUGAUAGUCAGGGCCUGGGCUUCUUCCCAAAGUGCCUUCUUCUCUGAGGUCCUGCUGUGUUCAGGCUGAGGCAGCCACACAGUCCAAAUACUGAGGCUACCAGAAAGGAGCAGACAAUUUGGGAAAUGUGGGUCCUGUUAGCCUCAAGCCAGACGCCCUCCCACCCCCCAUCCUCCCCUACAGCAGACCCUGGCACAUUAUCGUAGCCAUGAAGAUCCCUUGGUGGCACCUCAGGAACCUGCCCUGAACAUCUGGAAA